AUGGGUGAUAACACAGAAACAGAUAAAAUGAUAGAAGAUGGCGAAAUUGAUUUCAUUUAUGCUUCGCCAAAAACCUUAGUUGGUGAUCCAAUAUGGAGAUCACCCCUACGCAGACUUAAUGUUAAAGUGAUUGUUAUCGAUGAAUUCCAUACUAUUGCAACCUGGGGUGAAGAUGAAGAUAAUCAAAAAGCUGCCUUUAGAAAAUGGUUUUCUUACAUAGGUGAGCUUCUCCCACAGGCUUUAGUAUUAGCCCUAAGUGUAACUUGCAUUAAGAAAAUAAGAAAGAGGGUUGUCAAAGUGUUGAAUAUGAAGGGGGAUUAUACAGAGGUGGUGCUCUCGCCUAACAAGUACAAAGAAAUGGAAAUAGCUCUGUGCUUUUUAGUAGACGGACUAAAUGAAUUUAAAGACAAAUUCCCAAGAACAAUUAUAUAUUGUACAUCAAUUAAAGACACUUGUUAUAUUUUUACUUACUUGUGACAGAAUUGCCAGUUUUACAUGAUUUACUUGUUAUAUUUUUACUUACUUGUGACAGAAUUGCCAGUUUUACAUGAUUUAUUUGAUAUGUAUCACUCUGAAACCCCAGAUGAACAAAAAAAUACAAUUCUUCAAAGUUUAAAAGAUGGAACAAAGCAAAUUAAGAUUAUAAUUGCUACAAGUGCUUUAGGAAUGGGCAUUAAUGUGGUAAACUGUCACGGUGUUUUGCUGUUUGGUUUGCCAAGAGAUAUUGUGGAUCUUAUAUAGGAAAUAGGUCGUGUGGGUCAUGAUGAUCAGUCUGCUGCGGCAAUUUUGCUAUAUAAUCAAUGCCAUAUGUUAAAAAUAUCAAAGGAUGUCAAAAACAUACUUAAAACGACGAAAUGUAGCAGAAUUUCCUUAAUGGAGUCAUUCCUUACAGAUAAACAAAUCGAACUGUUUAAAUCAACGAACGGUUGUGAGAGAAAUUCAUCAUGUAUUGCUUUAGUUUUUCCGGGUUUGUUAGAUGUCUUUACAGCUUCCUAA